CUUACUGUCACGGGCCAUCGUCGGUAAAAACACUUCCAGCUUAUUGUCCGACCAGCCCGGCCUAGUGUGAUUAACGUCAUCUGAAAAGGUUGUGAUCCUUUCAAGACAAUGUCUUCGGAUGCAAGCUCCACCAUCACGACAGAGGUCGUCGAGCCAUCGAUGUCGGCGACAGUCGAGGUUCCUGGCUUAGCUUGCGAAACAUAUCGCGAUACAGACUUCAGUCGCUACCUUCAAUGUCUCUCAGAUACACGACAAGUAGAAGACGGAAUCGAAGAUGAGGAAGAUUUCCAUAAUAUUACAUUACCUGAGCAAUACGUGUUGACCGUUGGGUUGGGAAACUCACGGCCCGUGUUCAUCUUUCUCUACUCUCUCGUGUUUGUCGUUUCGUUCGUUGGUAACUUCGGAGUAUGCUACAUUGUCGUGAGGAAAUCUCGCAUGCGAAGUGUCACCAACUUUUUCUUAGCAAACCAGGCACUGUCUGACGUAUUGAUGGCCGUACUCAAUAUUCCUUUCGUGGUGACCAAGCAAUUGACUAACCUAUGGGCUGUAGGUGUGGUGAUGUGCCAUCUUGUCGACUACAUGGGUGUCAUGUCCGUCUACGUCUCGACGUUCAUCCUGACAAUCAUCGCCAUCGAUAGACAUCGGGUCCUAGUUCACCCACUACGACCUCGUAUCACGAUGUCCACUGCUAUUGUGAUCGCGAUAUCAAUAUGGAUUCUUGCCUUCCUACUCGCGAUUCCGUUCGCUGUGUUUGUGAAGUUAGUUACUUACGAAGUCGGCAGCACAACUGGUUACACCUGCAUUGAAAGCUAUCCCCACGAGCAUUGGCUCACCAUCGAAAAUGCCAUAGCAUGGAGCACCCUCAUCUUUCAGUAUAUCCUUCCGUUCACCAUCAUCGCAGCUUCCUAUAUCAGUAUUGGCCGUAAAUUAUGGUCCACUAGGGCUGUUGGGGAUACAAUGGCUGCGCAGCAAGCAGCAACGGCCCGCAGAAAGAUCCGAACAACGAGAUUGUUAGUUCUAGCGGUAUUGGUAUUUGGUAUCUGUUGGUUGCCUUUACAUGUAUAUCUAAUAGUCACUCGAUACAUGGCACACCACAAAGACGCUUUCACCUAUCUCUGCUGCCAUUGGUUUGCUAUGUGUAGUGUCUGCAUCAACCCUAUCGCGUUCUGUUUCCUCAACGAGAGCCUCCGUUCUGACAUCCGUGUCACCCUCAGCAAGUUCGCCAGUCGCAUACGGGGCACCAAGAACGAUGGCGUCAACAACCAGACGCUGUCGCAGGCGGGAAAUCCCCAUUCCGUCACCCAUCAAUCCGGUUUGACAUCCGAAGCUCCCGGCUCGCCUCGCAUGGUUCACAAGAGGGUCGGUCCAUCUGAUGACCGGAACGGUAACCUUAUCAUGGUGGCAGCUAUUGCAGGUAACGAUGACUUGUUACAAGGUGCCUCUCAUGUUUAACAAUUAAAGUGUACCACUUCGUAUUGAGAAGCCUCUUUAUUACUUGCAGACAAUUUCAUGAAAAUAGAAGAAUAAGUCAUUUGAAAUCUUCAGUGAGCAAAAUAGAGUUGUUGUGUUGGAGAUGAUAAGCUUAUUAGUAAUGAUAUUAGUUUUGCUCAGACACGUUUGUUUACACCCCUUCAUAAUAAAUAAUCUUCAAUUAUUCAAAUCUAAUGAACGUUGAAUAAGCUAACGUAAGCCCUAUGACUAAAAGUCAUGAUUAAAUCAAGUAACAAGUCUCACCAUAUCUCAAAUGCUGCAAUAUGAUGUACGAUGUUAUGAUUGUAGCUGUAAUUUUGCUUCAUCAUUUUCUCUUUUUGUUCAAUUAGAAUAUUCAUUUCUAAGUAACAGUGUGAUGCGGGCAGAGAUGAUAUUCGAAUCGAAUAUGAUCUUAUGAAUUUUAAAUGUUUACCCCUUGGAUUUGAAGGACGCAGCACUAGGAGGAAUGAUAGAUGACCGAAGAUCUAUCGGCCUUUUCUAAGGAAGGAUACGGAUGUGUGAGACACAUCAAUAAAGAUGUAAAAAAAAAAUAUGCGGUUUUGAGCUGUGAGACUAUUUCGAUUUUUGUAAACCGAAUUGUAGAAGUUAGAUAAUGUACAUUGGAAGAUGCAUUCAGAUAAUUAUUUUAAUAUAUUUGUUAAUUUUACUGUUUUCUUAUUAAGGUAAUAGAUCUAUUGAAUUGUGAUAUAUAGUUGUGUUCAUUUUCUGUUGUAUAAAAGGUAACAAAGAAAAAAAGAAAACAAAAGUGAUUUUAGUUGUUGAGUUCAGCUAUUGUUACAAUCUUUUCACGAUUAGCGUGAUCAUUAAAUGAAAUCAUAAUAACAGGUAUCUUCAAUGAAAUCACAAUUAUUACGUAUUCCGGGGCGGAGAGCGCCGCCGCAUUUUCUGACGGGAUAGGAACAAGACGAAUAUUUUUUUUUUCAUUUUUUUUCUCAAUGAAUAAUAGGGGCUUUAUAAAAACAUUGUUCCAAAAUGAAACCUACUCUUUGAAUAUUUUCAUUUCUCUUUCCCCUUUCUUCCUCUUUUCCGCCUCCUUUCUUAACUUUUUAGAUUGAAUUACUGGCAACGAGGGAGGAAUAGGGUGGUUGGUCUGUGGGCUGGGUGUAUAUUAGAGGCAAAAACUCCAGACGUUGCAACGACAAUUUAACCUUAACCAGAUUUUACUUUGAGAAUGGUCUUUUUAACGGAGAAUCUUGGGGGCAAUGUUUAGGGGAGGGGGUGGUUGUAUAUACAUGUAGCAUCAAAUAAUUGAACCUACACUGACUCAAAAUCUAUAAGGCUUGAGGGAUGGUUACCUCUCGAGAUAAGUAAUGGCCUUUAUUACCACGUGGCUUCAAAUCUUCACUUAAGACCUACAUUUUUCCUCAAUAAUUGAUUUCCCUUUUUAUCUUGAAUAUUGUAGUAAUUAUUGCAAAUGUUAAAUUGUUAUUCCUACAUUGUACGCGCUAUGGUACUUUUUGUUUUUAGCACCUCUAAAUACCCAUUAUUAUUAUUAUUAUUAUUACUACUAACAACAUAUAUAGUUUUAAAUAAGCCCUUGGGUCCUUCAAAAAUAUUAUGAAUCGGGCCUUUGUCAAAGGCAAAGAAAAGGGGAACAAGUGAUCACCCCCUUGGCCCUUUGGAUAUUAACACAGUUUCAGUAUUCGGGGUGUAAUAUUGUUUUUGUAUAUUAUAUCUUUGUGGCGAUAGAUAAGUGUAAAUAUUCUACAGAUAUGGAUCAAUUUCUCACACGAUUUUUCCCAUUUCACAAGACUUUGUACUACAACUUUGCCUUCUAUUAACGCCUAUGCAUAUAUCAUAGCUAUUCUCUAUCACAGCCCGAUUGGCCUCAAGUUAGACAAGAGUUUGGUCAACUUUCUUGUUCACUAUUCAUCCAGUUUUGUCAUAUUUCUAUCGCUUUCACUAUUACAGUACAAUGAUAUUUGUAUAUUAUAUUGUAAAUAAAACACACGGAUUUAUUCUCUA